AUGGUGUCGAUGAUCGCGACCCAUCCGGGCACAUCGUCUGCUGUUACCUCGGUUAGCUCGAUUCAAAGCUCAUCAACGGCGGUGAAAACUGGUCAACAGCGGGACAGCGAUGACAUCAAAGCACAUCUCGAUAAACUAGCAAGAAUUGCCGGACAACUCAGUCACCGUCAUGCGGAUUUCAAUCCUAAACGGGACCGUGCAUCUAUUAACAAGAUGCGUUCACAAAUGAAGGAACUGCUCCGAAGGGUGAAUGAAAUCGAGAAGAAGGUCGGUAGUGGAGAUGUGCGAGGCGAAGUGAGGCAGUUAAUGCGCACUCUGGAAGAGAUGAAGUGUGCCCUUGGAGAGGGCCCUGCCCCAAAAUCGACGUCAGCUACGCCUAUCCUUACAAUGCACAAUAAAACGCCGUUCUGGAACGAACAUAACCAGGUGUAUCAGCUCGAUUUCGGUGGUCGUGUCACACAGGAGUCAGCGAAAAACUUCCAGGUAACCUCCUUCAAAUCUUUUUCUAUUUUGAUUGGAUGUGGUGCAGUUGAAUCGAGAUGGACGCCUUGCGGCGAGAGCGACGUUGCGCACGAAGUAAUGCGGCAGAAUGAAUCAGAAGCAGCGCAGCCAGUAAAGUGUACAGGCACAAAAGUAACAGUAGAAUCAUGCCAAAAAUAA